CCUCAUCACCCUCUCCAGUAAAUAUUCCAUUUUACUUAACGCACAAAAAAAUAUUUUCAACAAUAAAUUAUCAAGUGUUUCCAAAAAAUGGCCUAAUAAAUAUUUUGAUAAGAAAAAAAUGACUUUUUAUAGCCAAAGGGAUGAAUUAUUGUGUGCCAAAGUGAUGAAGAAAUCAAGCUAUUAAUAACAAGUGAUAAAUAAUAUCUUUGAUUAUCAAAAAGUAAAAAAAAAAAAUCAAUAUGAAAAAAUUAAUUUAAGGAAUAUCAAUAUACAAUAUUGAUAUUAUUUUUUUAAGUAUUUUUUUUUUUUUAUAUUUUUUAUAUUUUUUAAAUAAAGUUCAAGGAUGAAUGAAUUAACACAAAGUUCUGAGAUUGUUGGUGGUCGACGAUCUGGUGGUGAUACUGAUGAUGAAGAUUGGAGUAUUGUUGUCGAAUGUGCUGCUCUGGAGAGAACAAAAUCAGAACGUGGUGCACGUGGUGAAAAUGAUCGUCGACGUCGUACAAUUAUUGUUGAAAAAAAAAAUGGAACAUAUGGUUUUACAUUACAGAGUUAUGGAAUUCAUUAUAAGAGAGAACAAGAAAUUGAAAUGGUAACAUAUGUUGAUUAUGUUGAUUAUGAUGGACCAGCAUAUUUAAGUGGUAUGCGUGAGGGUGAUGUUAUAUUAUCAAUAAAUGGUCAUGAAAUGGAUAGAGCUGAUCAUAAAACACUUGUUAAUUUUAUAAAAAAUUGUGAUUCUCGAAUGCGAAUGGUUGUAUCAUUUGAAGAUUGUGUGAGAAAAGUUGAAUUACAUAUGCGUUAUAUUGAACUACAAAGAGCAUUACAAUCACGUUUAUCUGAAUUUGAUAAAUUAUGUGAACGUGAAAAAUCAAUAAUAAUGGGAAGAUGGAAAACUCAUUCAUUACCAGCAAGAAAAAGAGUACCAAAUUGUACUGGUGAUGAACAAACACAAGAUCAAGCAUCAGCAUUGACUAAUUUUAAAUCAUCAACAAAUCAAUGUUGUCGACCAGCAACAUCAACUGAACAUUUAUUAUUAUACAGUGUUUAUGCAGAUGGACGACCGUGCCUUAUACCACAAAGUACAGCAUGUUUAGUUGCUGUUGGACCACCACGUUCACGUAGUGAUCAUCAUCAUUUAUUAAAUAAAUUAUCAAAUGAUUUAUCAACAUCAUCACGUCAUUCAUAUCAUCAAUCAAAUGGUUCUGUAUCAACACCAAUUAAAACAAAGCCAAAUCAAAAUAAAACAUCAUCAUCACAAAUUAAUUUUACAACAAAUAUAGAAACAGCUAAUAAUAUACAACAAGUAACAAAAAAUAAUUUUUGUGGUGCUUGUAUAUCAUCAGCAAAUAGAAGAAGAGGUGAUCCAAAUGAUGCUGGAAGUUUAGAUGUUUAUGAUUUAGCAAGUCCAUGCUGUGAUCCAAAUUGUGUACCAAGUCGUAGAAGAAGAGAAAAACAAAGAAAAGCUAGAAUUGAACAACAACAACAGCAGCAACAGCAACAACAACAAUCACAUCAUCUGCAAAAUCAAAAAGAACAUGGAUAUGGAAGUCAUAGUUGUCCAAGAGCAUCAGGUCACAGUUUACAUUCCGUUGAAUCAAGUGAAGUAUCAACAACAAUUGAAAGUGGAGUAUCAUGUUCAACAUCAUUAAGUACUGAUACAUUAUAUUGGGAUCCAAAUAUACAACAUCGUCCACCAGUUUGUAUACAAUAUUUAAAACCAAAAUCAUGGGAUAAUUUAACAACAAAAGCAUUUGGUGGAUAUGGUUUUGGAUAUGGUUAUCUUGAUACAGCAUCAUCAAAAACUCACAGUGCUGAAAGACCAAAUAAAAAUAACUCACAUAGUAAUCGUUCUAAAACACCUACAUCAAAUCAACGUAAUAGAUCAACGAGUAGUGGUGGUGGUUCAAUGUAUUCAUCAGGACAAUCAUCAUCAACAACGACAAGAAAUUUUCAACCAACAAAAUCAACUGAAAGUUUAUUAACUCCAUAUCAAAGUGAUAUUGAUACAGCAAGUUUAAGCUGUGAAUGUCUUGAUGUUAAUUCAAGAUUUAGUGGAAUAAAUAUUAAUAAUGAUAAACAUAAAAAUAAAAAACAAGAUGAUAAUGGAUCCAAUUAUUCUACAAAUAGACUUAGAAGAAGUAGUCAUGGUGAUGGUAAAAUUAGAUCUAAUAAUACCACUGAAAUAACACGUUUAUAAAUGAAAAUUAUUUGAUUAUUAUUGUAACUUUUUAAUCAUCCUUUUACAAAAAAAAUGGUACGAUUCUUCAACAACGUUAUGUCAUUGACUGAUUUUCGAGGCAUUUACUUGGUUGUCAAUGAAAUGAAUAAUAAAGAUUUCUUUCUCAGUUAGUCUGAACUAUUC